CUAGGAAUGUAGCUACAUGAAUAGAAAUACGUAAUCGGGAACCAGACGAAAACUGACAUUUUUUUUGCAGACGACAGAGAAAAAGGAGAGAGGGGGAGAGAGAGUCGUUUUAUUAUCUGCAUUUUUUUGCCUUUUAUUUCUGUAUCUGCUGGAAAACCCCAAGACAUUCACCGUUGAGGGCCGAACCACAAUUAGUGACUAAUAAAAAAGACAUCAUAUUUACAAUGGAAGAAGGAGGCGUGGUUCCGGAUGUUGUUGAUGUUGCAGUCCCAACUGCAGCAGAAGUUAAAUGGGAUAGUGGAGCAACUGCACAGAUGGGCAAUGUCUGUACACCAACUCAGAUACAGAAUCAGCCAACUGUCACCUGGCCAACAGAAGAGGGCGCUCUUUACACUGUUGUAAUGACUGAUCCAGAUGCACCAAGCAGGGCUGAUCCAAAGUUCUGUGAGUGGCGACACUGGCUGGUAGUGAAUGUAUCUAACAAUGAUAUCAGUAGCGGCAGUGUUAGAUCAGAGUAUAUCGGAGCAGGACCACCAAAAGACACAGGCUUACAUCGCUAUGUCAUCCUCAUCUACAAGCAGCCAGGUUUCAUCAACCCAGAGAGAAUCCCCUUCUACCCAAACUGUGACAUUAAUGGAAGAGCCAAGUGGAAGGUUCGUGAGUUUGCCAAAAGUCAUGGACUUGGGAAUCCUGUGGCAGGCAACUUCCUUCAAGCUGAGCAUGAUGAGUAUGUCACCAAAUUGUAUGCAAAGUUUUCUGAAUUUGCAGCUAAGAAGAGAGAUGAGGCUGGUACCACAGAGGGGUAAUGACCCCCUCAUCCUCACAGUGAGUUGACCACUUGAAACCAUUCCACUGCAUGGGGUUUGUAGGUUUAUAAGUACAUGUGUAUAGGCCUAUUAGUUACUUCUGCAAUGCUUACAUUUAUUUUGUCAAUUACCCUUUUCCAAAAUAACAGAUUUUGUUUGUUUGUGUGAAUUUGUAUUUCAAUCAUAAAAUUAUUUAAUUGGGUCAAAUCUGUUUUAUAAAAAAACAGUAUCAGAAGUAAUGUGAGAAGAUUAAUGUUGUGUUCAUACCGUAUUAAUUGCAAAUGUAGGGAUGUUGGAUUACAGUCUAUGUUGUCAAUGCGGCUAUCGGCUGCAUCUUAGACCUUGUGGAGCCACUUCAAAUGUAGGGUUAUUGGAUUACAGUCUAUGUUGUCAAUGCCGCUAUUGGCUGGGUCUUAGACCUUGUGGAGCCACUUCAAAUGUAGGGAUGUUGGAUUACAGUCUAUGUUGUCAAUGCGACUAUCGGCUAGGUCUUAUACCUUGUGGAGCCACUUCGUAGGGUGUAGGGAUGUUGGAUUACAGUCUAUGUUGUCAAUGCGGCUAUCGGCUAGGUCUUAGAAUCAGUGCUUUUCAAGUCAUGUGCAGAGAUUCUUUACCCCAAUUGCUAACCCCUGUUCGCAUGAAACAUUACAGUGAAUCCUUGGCAAUCUACUCUAAGGCAUGUCCCUAUUUCAGUCUUGUAAGCAUGUGUAAUUAUUUUGAUUCAGGUCUUGGGCUAAUUAUAGGGCUUUGUAAAGUAGCCCACAUGACUAAAAAACUGUGCAUAUUACUUGGCCCAAGAGGCCCAGAUUU